UAAGAUAAUAUAAGAUAAUGUUGUCAGACACGCCCUGCAUGUUCUAUUUUUAAGCGUCCUGCUUCCCACAGAAACUCCACAGACCCACAAUCAUGAUUCAGGUUGCAUUAUUUGUAGUUCUGCUUGGGCUCACAGCCUCAGUGCAGGCCAACUCCAAAUUCUACCUGCCCAUUGACUGCGAAGACAUCUAUUGCCAUGACAACACAAGCUCCAGCGGAGUGUACACAAUCUACCCCGGAGGUCCCACCAGCCCGCUGCAUGUCUACUGCGACAUGCGGACGGAUGGAGGGCGAUGGACGGUUUUUGUCCGCAGGUUUGAUGGAUCAGAAAACUUCUUCAGGCCCUGGAAGUCCUACAAGGCUGGGUUUGGUAAUGUCGCUGGAGAAUAUUGGCUGGGGCUGGAGAAUAUCUUCCUGUUGACCAUGAGGAAGGAAAAUGAACUGCGAGUGGACAUGGAGGACUGGGAUGGGACCUUGGCUUCUGCUAAGUACUCCUCCUUCUCCAUUGACUCAGAGCAUAAUGGCUAUCAGCUUCACCUGGGCAGCUUCAGUGGUGGAAAUGCAGGUGACAGUUUAGGUAACCAAAACUCCAUGAAGUUCACUACAUAUGACAAAGACCAGGACCAGUGGGAGAAUAACUGUGCACGGCAAUUCCUCGGUGGAUUCUGGUACAAUAAAUGCCACGCUACCAACCCCACUGGCAUGUACGCACCUAAUGGUGUCUUCCCAUUCAGAAAUGUUCAAGUGAUUUGGUCCACAUGGAAGGGCUUGAACUACGGCCUGAAGUCCAUUGCAAUGAAGAUACGAUCAGUUUCUAAGUGUCCGUGCUAACAUUAGUACAGUUAGCAGGAGAGAUUGUUUUUCAUAAGCAGAGCCACUUUUUAUGGUUUAUCUAUUUUUUUUCCGAUUAGAUAGUUUGGAGGCAUCUCAUUGUGCAUCUGUUCAUUUUUAAAACCUACAGGAAUUUAUGGUUUUAGUUUUGGCCAGAUGUGGUAUUUUAAACAUUGUUCGAGAGUUAAUCUGAUAUUGUGUCAACUAUAUGUUAAAUAAAAUAUCAAAUCAAAUGUCAAAUGUAAAAUUUGUUUUGUUUUGUUAUUCUUAAGAGAAGGAAAUAAAAAACUAGGAAGAUUGUGAUACAAAACUAGGAAACACAUGAGUGGAAACCUGUAAAUAAAAACUUUUGCUUCA